CUACAACCUGUAGGGGUGUUGCAGCGCGGCGCGUUGUGCCGGUCGUGCCCGUCACGUUGUCUCCACUCCGUCGCCUCUCCGUCCCUGCGGCUCCGCGGGCGGAGAAUUAAAUCCCCCGUUAUCCUCUCUGCCACUAGCGCUGCCAUCGCCGAUCGUUGGAUCCAGCCAUCUCCCCUCGCCGUCCGGCGUCCGCUCUGCGCCUCUGCGUGCGCGCGCGCGGGGCACGGCCCCCCCCCCCCUUUUGGAGCCUUGCGCCGCGGUCCUUUCCCCCUGUCCGAAUCCGCCUCGACGUGUCCGCCUCCCUCUCCCCUCUCCACGUCUCGCUUCCUGUGUGUGUGCUCUGCUCGCGCUCCUUUUGCUGCGCUCUUGGUAUCUGUGCUCGCCUCUCCUCGCCUGCCUUCCUUCCUUUGCCGCCGCUGCCACGCUUCUUCCCACUUCUUGCCCCGCCGCUCUCUGCUCGUACCGGGUCCUUCUUGGCUGGCAGACGCCACUGCGUGCGACCCGCGAGAGCUAGCUGUGCCCGGCGCGUGCGUGCGACGAUGUCGUCGGCGGUGGAGACCAUCUCCUGCUCCAAGGUCGACGUCCCCGCCGGCCCGGAACCGGAGGAGAAGGCCAAGAAAGCAGCGGUGCCCGCGGAGCACGGCGGCGACGCGGCGGCGCCCAUCAACGGCAAGUGCGGCGAGGCGGCGCCGCGUUGCCACGAGGAAGAGGAGGAAGAUGAGGAGGACGCCCCCAAGGUCAUCGACCUCGGCCCCAUGGUCAGCAUCAAGGAGCAGCUCGAGAAGGACAAGGACGACGAGAGCCUGCGGCGAUGGAAGGAGCAGCUCCUCGGCAGCGUGGACUUCAACUCCGUGGGAGAGACGCUGGAGCCGGACGUGAAGAUAAUGAGCCUGUCGAUCCUGUCGCCGGGGCGGCCCGACAUCUUCCUGCCGCUGCCGGUGGAGCCCAAGGCCAAGGGCGUGUGGUUCACCCUCAAGGAAGGCUCCCCGUACCGGCUCAAGUUCACCUUCUCCGUCAGCAACAACAUCGUCUCCGGCCUCCGCUACACCAACACCGUCUGGAAGACCGGCAUCAAAGUUGACAGAGCCAAGGAGAUGCUGGGCACGUUCAGCCCCCAGCUGGAGCCCUACACGUACGUGACGCCAGAGGACACCACCCCGUCAGGAAUGUUUGCCCGGGGGUCCUACUCUGCCAGGACCAAGUUCCUCGACGACGACCGGAAGUGCUACCUGGAGAUCAACUACACCUUCGACAUCCGCCGGGAGUGGCCGUCGACGAGCUGAUGAUCGGCCUUUGCUCCGGGCCGGGGGCCCUGAGCAGAUCAACCGUUUCGUUUCUUCUGUGCUUUUGCUUUUCUGUGUUGGCUCGUCCUGUCCUGUCCGUAGGUUUCGUUCACCAUGUUGCUGCGUGCGUCGAUGUGUGUUCGUGUGUCCGUGUGUGUGUGUGUGAAUAUCCCUGGAGUUGAAUGGCUUCUCGACACCGUUCGUAGACAGUGCAUGUCAGGUCGGUCUACCGCUCUGUGCGUGCGUGGGCGUGUUGAACUUUUGUCAGGUUCUUGUUUUUCGAACUGCCUGUUCCCUGUUGAGUUCAGAGCAAUGAAGCUGCCUUUUGCGUAAUGCAGUCGUGA